AUGCUGUAUUCUCUGCUCCUUUGUGAAUGUCUGUGGUUGAUAACCGGUUAUGCUCAUGAUGAUGACUGGAUUGACCCCACAGACAUGCUUAACUAUGAUGCUGCUUCAGGAACAAUGAGAAAAUCUCAGGUAAAACAUGGUGUAUCAGAGGAAAAAGAAGUCAGUCCUGACUUGUCACAUGCUGAUGAAUUGUUGGAAUGUUAUAGCAAACUUGAUUCUUUAACUCAUAAGAUCGAUGCGUGUGAAAAGAAAAAGAAGGAAGACUAUGAAAGUCAAAGCAAUCCUGUUUUUAGGAGAUACUUACAUAAGAUUUUGAUUGAAGCCAGAAAGCUCGGACUCCCUGAAGAAAACAAAGAUGAUAUGCAUUAUGAUGCUGAGAUUAUCCUAAAAAGACAAACCUUGUUAGAAAUACAGAAGUUUCUCAGUGGAGAGGAUUGGAAACCAGGAGCCUUGGAUGAUGCACUAAGUGAUAUUUUAAUUAAUUUUAAGUUUCAUGAUUUUGAAACAUGGAAGUGGCGAUUUGAAGACUCCUUUGGAGUGGAUCCAUAUAAUCUGUUGAUGGUGCUUCUGUGUCUGCUCUGUAUCGUGGGAUUAGUCGCUACCGAGCUGUGGACGUAUGUGCAUUGGUACACCCAGUUGAGACGUUUGUUAUUCAUCAGUUUCCUCAUCAGUUUGGGAUGGAAUUGGAUGUAUCUAUAUAAGCUCGCAUUCGCACAGCAUCAGGCCGAGGUUGCCAAGCUGGAGCCGUUGAACAAUGUGUGUGCUGAGAAGAUGGACUGGAUUGGAAGCCUCUGGGAAUUGUUGAGAAGUUCAUGGACCUAUAAGGAUGACCCAUGCCAAAAAUACUACGAGCUCUUAUUAGUCAACCCUAUUUGGUUGGUCCCACCAACAAAGGCACUGGCGGUUACAUUCACCAACUUUGUCACGGAGCCACUGAAACACAUUGGGAAAGGAGCUGGGGAAUUUAUUAAAGAGUUCAUGAAGGAGAUCCCAGUAUUACUUCACAUUCCAGUGCUGAUCAUUAUGGCAUUAGCUGUCCUGGGUUUCUGCUAUGGUGCUGGAAAAUCAGUUAAUAUGCUGAGACAUUUAGGUGGUCCCGAAAGAGAACCACCCCGGGCACUUGAGCCAGCUGAUAGAGGACGGCUGCAGGAAGUUGGUGAUAGACCCCAUGGUGGAGCAGGUGAUGCACGUUUCCCUUAUAGAGGCCACAUCAGCCCCUUUGAGCGAGGCCCUUAUGACAGAACAUAUGAGGGUAGAAGAGAUGGUAUGAGAGAGAGAGAUGUUGACUUGAUACCUAGGACUGGCACCAAGAGCCCCGAAGUGCUCCGGCCAUGCGAUGUACCCCAGGCAGAGGCGAGGGAGCGUCCCACGGUGGUACCCAGUCAUAAAUUACCUGUUUUGGAUACAAAGCCCAAAGAAUUUGGUGGAAUCCAGGGAGAAAGCACGCUGCCAGAAAGCAGUACCGAAAGCAGCCAGUCUAGUAGGCCUGUCUCUGGCCCAGACACAUCAGAGAAGGUGGAAGGUUCACCUGCAGAGGAAAAGGCCCAGCUCGGGACUGAUGCCAGAGGCAGCCCAGAGGAAGGCAGCGCGUCCAGCCCAGCCAGCGGUGGGAAGGAUCUGGAGAGUGGCCCAUGUGGCUAGAGGAGCACAGCCUCGGACCACAGCUCAGAGAUAGCCGUUUGGGGAUGCAGUCCACUUGGACAGCUAGCGAGGCAACAUACCACUGCUGUUGAAUGAUGACGGCAAUUUAGGGAAGACACUAAAGCAGACCGAACAGAUCAAGGCCAGUUUAUAACUUGGGGAAAUACACUUGUUUAUUGUCCAGCCCAUAUUUAUCAUUAGAAUCAAGAAUUUUAGCAACAGGCUUUUAGGAAAAUCAGAAUUGGGUAGACAGCUUUAUAAAAGCAGUGUUUAAGUGGAAUAGAUAAUGUUGAAUGUUUGCAGGGUCUAAGAACUAUUGUAUACACAAAAUAAACACCUAUUUUUACAUUAUUGUAAU